GGGAGCCUCCCGAGCCUGAGCGGCCGCGGCCGCCCCCGCCUCGGCUGCUGCAGGGUUGCCUGUUUUUCUUGGGCUUCCUGGGUCAUUGGCAAGAGAUGGGCACUUUCCCCUGGGUGGGCCCAGCCGCCAGGACAGGUCAUCCUGUGAAGAUGGCUGUGCCCAGCUGAUGAAAUUACAAAGUGAAUCAGUGAGUCUUCAUGGCCUGGAGCUCAGCACAGUGCCUGGCACAUAUGAGUGGGGCCAACAGAAGGACGUCUGCAUGUGGGCAGUGAGCGUCGAGAAGAGAGGACAGCGUGGACAUUGGUCCUCCUUCCCAGGGUGGAGGAGGGAGGGGCACAAGGCCUGGGCCCCACUGACCUCUGGCCUCACACACACCUGACCCAUGCACCAUGCCCAGGACCCGGCCAGGGAUGCUGAUGGCAAGAGUGGCCCCCUGGGGGCUGGUGCUCUGACAUGGACUCCCAGGCCCGAGGGAGGGCCAUGGGCCCUCCCGCCUGGUAGCUUGAGGGCACUGUCUGGAUGUGUUUAGACUGCCCAAGGCCUGCUCAGGGGUGCCUGUGAGCACAGAGCAGGGGAGGGGGGCUUUUCUUGCCUCCCCUUUCUGGACAUGAAGAAAGACAUUGAGGCUUUGGUAGCAGAGGAAAGAGCUGAGAUCAUUGCCAGGUACCAGAAGGGCAGACAGCAUGGAGCUCAGAUUGACCCUUGGGAGGAUGCGGACUUUGCCCUCUACAAGGUCACAGACAGAUUUGGGUUUCUGCACGAGAGUGAACUGCCAAGCCGCAGUGCCCUGGAGGAGAAGCAAAAACUCCAAGAGAUCGAGCGGGUAGGCAAGUGGCUGAAGAUGCUGAAAAAGUGGGAUAAAUACUGCAAUAGUGAGAAGAUGGCUCGAAGGGUCUACAAGGGCAUCCCCCUGCAGGUACGGGGCCAAGCUUGGUCCCUCCUCCUGGAAGUGGAGAAGGUGAAGACAGAAAACCCUGGCAAGUAUGAGGAGAUGAAGGAGAAAGCCCAGAGCUUCUCUUCUGAGAUCAGACAGAUCGAUCUGGACAUCAACCGUACAUUUCGCAAUCAUAUCAUGUUUCGGGACCGCUACGGAGUGAAGCAGCAAGCCCUGUUCCAUGUCCUGUCUGCCUACUCUGUCUACAACACGGAGGUUAGCUAUUGCCAGGGCAUGAGUCAGAUCGCCGCCAUCCUGCUGAUGUACCUGAAUGAAGAGGAAGCCUUCUGGGCACUGGCCCAGCUGCUGGCCAACCAGAGGCACGCGAUGCAUGGCUUCUUCAUGCCUGGAUUCCCCAAGCUGCAGCGCUUCCAAGACCACCACGAGCAGAUCCUUGGGAAGGCCUUGCCCAAGCUGAAAAAACACAUGGACAAAGAGCAGAUGUCCACGGGCAUUUACACCACCAAGUGGUUCCUGCAGUGUUUCAUUGACCGGACCCCAUUCACCCUCACCCUGCGCCUGUGGGAUGUGUACAUCUUGGAGGGCGAGCGGGUUCUCACCGCUAUGGCCUAUACAGUUCUCAAGCUGCACAGGAAACGCCUGCUCAAGAUGUCCCUGGAGGAUCUCAGAGAAUUUCUGCAGGAGAAGUUGGCCGGCCCCUGGCCCCAUGAAGAUGACAGCGUAUUGGAUCAUUUGCAGGCAUCAAUGGCAGAACUGCGCAGGAUGAAAUGCGAGCUGCCACCCCCAGCCAAACUGGAAGAGCUCCCCAAGAAGCCUCUGGGAGUGGAGUUCUCCCUGGGCCUGGUGAUCAAUGGGCAGGGCAAGGCAGCUCCUGCCAGGAGCCCCUCCCCAAGCCGGGAGAUGCCUAGUCAGCAGACUUCGCUCCUAGAAGAUGGGCCCUCUCCCCAGCCCCAGGAGCCCCAGCCGCUGGGCAGCUCAGAACGGGACCCCCCUCAGGUCAGCCAGGACCUGGACAAGGCCUGUCUGAGGCCCAGGCCUCCACCCUUCUCUCCUCUGCAGCGAGAGGCUGAGGCCCAGCCCCCAGGCCUGGACCACAAUGCCCCAGCCUCCCCUGAAGAGGGGUGGCCAGGAGGGGGUGUCCCCUCAGAGUUGGAUGCAGCCCUGUUCCCUCCACCCCCAUCCCCUGAAGAGCUGCUGCCUCUGGAGAGUGUCCCUGAUGAGAACGCCUAUCCCGCCGGCCCCCCCCCCUCCCCCUCCCCCUCCCCCUCCCCGCACCUCUGAUCAGCCUGGCCUGCUCAACCAGGGGCCCAGGAGUGGGCCUCCCCAGCCCCAUAGUGUUCCUGAGGAGGCUGAGGGGCUGGGGCCAGGCAGUGGCCUCCUGCCCAGGCACUGGGCCAGCAUGCCCAGCCUCAGCCCUCCUGCACGCUCCUCCAUGUCUCUGGGCACGAUCCCCUGUGGCCUCUUCAGGAGCGGCACCAGACUGUGCAGGGCCCAGGUCAGCAAGGACUCAGGGCCAGGGGCCCACGGUGCUUCAGUGGGGAGGGUGCAGAGGCUCCAGGGAGGAGCUGGUCCCCUGCCGCCCCCAGGCCAUCCCAGAGAGUCUCCCACAGAGAUGGCCCCUUGCAGACAGGGCAGUUGUAAGAUGGGGCUUACCCCAGGGCCAUUUUAAGGGAUGCUCUGCUCCCUGGGGUACCGGCCAGGCUUCACAGGCCCUGGAUGGGAGGCAAGGGGGCCUGGAAACGCAGGGCAGGGCCCAAGCGCCCCAAACCUAUCCAGAGAGGCCAGGGCUCUCUGCCACAGGGUGAACCGCACAGGGUCUGUUAGAGAAGAGGAUCUGAAUGGACACAAACUGGUGGUCCGAGCCGGGGCCAGAGGGGAAGGGGAUGUCAGGCUGGCCCCCAAGAAGACGGGCAGACAUGGCAGACAGUAAAGGUGUCUACACCAAGGACCCUC